AUGCCUCCACCGGCCUCCACCUCCAUCCUCCAUCGAUCAUCUCCACCUCCACCGUGCCGCAUGGGCGACAUCUUCAAGCCCGCCCCCAAGCCUGACUCGGAGUUGCGCAAGUACCGCUUGCUUAGCCCUAGUGCAGGCGUGCGCGUCUCCCCGAUCUGUCUCGGGGCGAUGAGUCUCGGAGACCAGUGGACCAAGUUCAUGGCUGGAAAGUUGGACGUUAAGGAGGCUGAGGAGUACCUCGACUACUUCUACAAGGCCGGCGGGAACUUUAUCGACACUGCCAACAACUACCAGGACGAGCAGUCCGAAAUGAUCGUUGGAGAAUGGAUGGAGAAGCGCGGCAUCCGGGACGACAUCGUCCUCGCCACCAAGUUCACCACCUUCUUCCCUAAUAGACACGCCCAACAGUGGACCGAGAAACGUAUCGGAGUCAACUACGUCGGGAACGCCAAGAAGUCUUUGAAACACUCGCUCGAGGCUUCGCUCAAGAAGCUCCGAACGGACUACAUCGACCUCCUCUACGUACACUGGUGGGAUCACUCGACGUCCAUCCCGGAGUUGAUGCAGAAUCUGGCCGAGGUGGUGCGAAGCGGCAAUGUGUUGUACUUGGGGGUGUCGGACACGCCUGCUUGGGUCGUUGCUCAGGCGAACGAGUAUGCUCGUGCACAUGCUCUCCCGCAAUUUGUAGUCUUCCAAGGGCUUUACAACUACGCCGUGCGGGACAUGGAGCGCGACAUUAUUCCUAUGUGCAGGAACAACGGCAUGUCUAUUGCGCCCUGGGGAAUCAUGGGUCAAGGUCAAUUCAAGCCAGCCGAAGAUCUCGCCAAGAAGGGUCUCCGUGGUGGAGCGACUGAGCAGUCCGCGGCCAACAAGAAGAUCUGUGAUGCUCUGGAGGAAGUCGCCAAGGAGAUUGGAGGGAACACCAAGUUGGCUCACGUUGGUAUGGCCUGGGCGAGGCAGAUGUACUCUGCGACAUUCCCCAUCCUCGGCGGAACCUCAAUCGAGCACUUGCAGAGUAACAUCAAUGCGCUCAGCCUUACCCUCACCGACGAGCAGAUGGCCAAGCUCGACAAGGCCGCUCCGUUCGACCAUGGGUUCCCGACUGGCCUAUUCGGGGUUGACCCUAGGUUGCUCCCUGAGCAGUCGCCCCAGUCGCCUUUGCUUCUCCAAGUGUGUAUCAGUACUUGGCAUGGCGCUGGGCAUGUCAAAUACCCCAAGGCCGUUUGA